UUGAAAUAAAAAUCAAACAUUAAUCUAUAAAUACAAUGCUCUUAAUCCUGUCAUUCAUAGUAUAAUUAAAUGAAAAUAAAAUUUUUAGGGAAGGAUUUCUUAGGGAAUUUGGAGGGACUUGACUAUGAGCCCCUAAUUAUAAAAAAUACCCCACGAUUUCCGGGUAGCAGAGUGGACUCAAUUACAACUACUAGAUAUUUGGCAAUCAUUUUUAAAAAAAGUAUACUAAACUACUAUUACAUAACGGAAACAAUGACGAUAGCACAAAUUAAAUGAAAUUUCAUUUAAUCUGUAACGAUAGUGAAUCCCGCGAAUGAUAAUAGAAGUAAUGAUAACGAAAAAUAAACAACAUCUUUAGACUGAGUUACAGAUUGGUUAUAUUAGUUCUUUCUUAAAAUACAGAUUUUAUUUAAUUUAUUGACACAUUUCUGAUGGAUCAAAAGAACAACUGUUGGCUUUGUCCACCUAAUAAUUAUGUUGUCUACUCAAUAGACAUUCUAUUCAGUAAAAUUUUAUUAUAUUUAUUUAAAUAAUAGUUAUUUUCAUUGUCAAAAAUGUAACACAUAUUGAUUGAGUUUUGGACGAUUUUAUUACUCAAAUGUAUUAAAAAAGAAUGAAUACUGGAAAUGAACAAUUAAUUACUCUCUGUUUUGACAAUGGAGAUAAAGUUGUGCUAGAGAAAUUGUUUCUCAUAAAAAAUAGUUUGUACUUUGAAGCUAUGUUCAGUGGACAAUUUUUGGAAUCACAUUCAGGAAAAGAAAUUCCACUUAAGGAUAUUUCUCAUCAAGGCUUUGUAUGGACAAUUAAUUGUUUAAAAACUAAUUCAAUUGUAGUAGAUUCUAUAUCAGAAUUUCUAAUUUUACUAGAAACAUCACAAAUUCUUCAAUUUAAUGAAAUCACUAAGAAAUGUACCUUGAUAAUUGAAAAACAGUUUUUGUUUUCUUCUAGUGCUAUACAAAUUUUUAGUUUGACAUUUAAACUUGGACUUAAUGAAUUGUUUGAAAAAGCCCGUAUUUAUAUCCUUUAUUAUUUUAAAACACUUAUAAAACAAUUUAGAGAAGAGUUUUUAAAAUUAACUGAAGAAGAUUUGUACCAGUUACUAUGUGAUAAUGGCUUAAAUGUUGAAAAAGAGGUUGACGUAUUUGAUUUAAUUAUAGAAUGGUCUACUAAAGCAAACAAACAAGAUGUUGAAUAUGAAGUAGUACUGGCAUGUGUACAUUUUAAUGCUAUGAAUAAGCAACAGUUAGAAUAUUGCAUUACUAAAACAAAAAAUCAAGAUUUAAAAAAUAAAAUUGAAAAAUACUUAAAGCAUAAAUCUGAAAGGAGUAUUGAGAUGGAGAAAUCUGGUAGACAUAUUCCAUAUGUUCUCUGUGGAAUUAAAAAUGAAGAAAAUGGCCAUGCAUAUAUUCAUUGUUGGGAUUGGAAUCAAUUAAAGUUUAUAAAAUUCCUUCAAUUAGAUCCGUUGCCUUUAGAUACAACUGGUUACCAUGUUGUUGUCAAAGACAUGGACAUAUUUAUUUUGGCUGGUGAAAUUGGUUAUGGUAGAGGUCAAUGGAAUGAGACUGGUUGGAAAUACAACAUGAUUACAAAACAAUGGAGCCAAUUAAAAAAUUUUGUGACUACCAAAAGACGUCAUGGUGUUGGAUAUUUUUGUGGAAAUGAACUAUAUCUCAUUGGCGGCCUCACAAAACACCGUUUGCCAAAUGAAUUAAUGGAAAGAUUUAAUUUAGAUCAAUCAGAAUUGAAGCGAGUAAGAAGCUACUUAUGUAACUUCACAAAGAAAGUUGAUCGAAAAAUUUAUACAUGUUUAGAGUACAAAAGUCAACUGGUUAUGAUAACCAAAGAACGUGAUCCUAUUUGGUUUUAUUUAUGUCACAAUAGAAUUGAUCCAACACUUUGUGAUUGGGGAAGUCGUCCUUUGCAUUUAAAUGCAAUAAUUAUCUGUGCAAUUACAAACUUAGAUAAUGUUUAUAUGUUAGCUUACAAUAACCAAUUCAAUAUAAUUCUAUAUUGUUAUUGUCCUGUGGAUGAUUCUUGUCAAGACUUGGUUUCUUUUAAAGCAAUUUAUGAUCAAGAUUCAAUAAUGUGUUCAUUUAAUGGAAAUAAAGCUAUGGUAUUCACGAAUAAUACUCUUGAAUGUUACAAUAUAGACAACAAGAAAUAUAGAGAAUACCCAAUACAUCUAGAUUCAUUCCAUUCUAAUUAUUUUUUCAAUAUUCCAAUUUACUAAUAAUUUUGUCAAUUUAAAGUUAUUGAGUUUAAAUUAUUUUAGAUUAAAAAAUAUAUUUUGAGACGGCUUAUAGCAUAUAUUGCUUUUCUAUCUCACGUUUAUUUCAGUCAUUAAUGUCUUGUUAAAAAUACUUUGUUAUUUGUUAAAUUAAUAACAAUUAUUAGAUUUAAUUGUACAGUUGUG